GAACCAACGCAGGUUUUAUUUAUUUAUCCAUGUGUAUGAAAGGUCGAACUUUUAAACAGAACUGACCACUCUAUCGAAAGAUACACGCUUUUUCUUAUUCAGUAUAUAUACUUGACAUUUGUUUUGAUGAAAAUGUCUUGGAAUUCCAUUGUUGCGUUUAUGAUUCUUCUGUCCUCUUGUGAUGGUGUACGCGAACUUGGAAAAAUUCCUCUAAAUUCGGCGGCAUUUGCUAAUGUAUACGAAAAUCCAAAUGCUCGAUCUCCAAGUGAAAAAUAUGACUUGCUUCUGUCAACGUUUUCUGGAAACCCAUUUGUUUCAGGGACCGUCAGUCUUUACCGUGGAAUAGGACAGCAGAUCAAAAAUCUCGGGAGUGUUCAGAAAGAAGUUCUUGCCGAUCGAAUGUCGUGGCCCAAUGAGGUGGCCGGAGUACCAGAAAGCGUCUUUGGGAAGCGUAUGGUGGUCAUUCCUGACGGUUUUCUAGUCCCGUUUAAGGACGACGGCCACAUAUAUAUUGUCGAUAUAUCCGGAUCUACCCCCAAGGGACCGUACAAAUUGACGGACCACACGGAGGGAAAAUGGUUCUACCACCGCGUGCUAUGGAAGGACAUGGAUGGUGAUGGCGAUUUAGACAUUGUCACGUGUAGGGCCAGAGAGCCAGUUUUCUCAAUUUUCUCAUCAAAAGAUACAGAACUACUCUGGCUAGAAAACCCCGACAGUCAUCAGUACACAUCUCCAUGGAGACAGCAUGUAAUCACACAUGGACCCGAUGUUUACUUUCGAAAUAUAAAGCUGAAUACGACAGAUGGGGAAUAUGACGUCAUUAUUACGUCUGAGUUCUUUGCAAAGAAACUUACCAUUCAUUGGACAACAGACAGUAUGAAUAGAUGGAAUGAUUUGUCAAAGGUUCAUUCCAGAACAGUGGACGCAGCAGCCGGUGCCUUAUUUGACAUCGAGGUCAAUGACCUCAAUGGUGAUGGCCGUAAAGACCUCCUCGUGGUUUCCAAUGGAAUGAAUGGAAGUGUGUUGGUUUAUGAAACUCCAAAGGACUUCCGAACGGACAAUUUCCCAAGACACACGAUAGCAACAAAUUUUGUUCCAAGAACAAAAGGCCAAGGAAAAGGUGCUCCUGGAUCAGCAUUCUGUAUUCGACCUCGUGCUUCUGACAAAAGUUCACGACCAAUGAUUCUUGUAUCUGGUGACGAUGACGGACGAGCUUAUUUCCUAGAACCCAACAGUAACAAUGCCCUGGACUGGACGUAUACUAAAAACACAUUCCAUGACGCCGGAAGCGGAACUGUGGGACAGAUCGCCUUCGCAGACGUCGAUGGCGACGAUUUUAUUGACCUUUUUGUGCCAAACUAUAAUCUUAACGAUGUCUCUAUAUAUUCUUUUGCACCUACUGAGCAAACUGUUUUUGGUUAUAAAUGACUUUUAUAAUUGGUAUUAAUAUCAUUUUAAGGUUCAUAUACUACUAUUUAUAUUUUCAUUUUUAUAUUCAUCAAGAUUUUAAAAGCUAUGGAAUUUUAUAAUAGUUAUGUAAAGCAUAUAUUGAAACAAUUUUCAUGCAAAUAUUGAAAUACAUAUAACUAC